GGAAACGACACUCUUUAGCACAACAAAAGCUACCCCAGUCCUGUUGUGCGGCCCUAGAUCCUGAAGAUGGGCACUCCAAGUCUCCUGGAACAGUUGGACCAACUAGGAUUGGAUCAUAUCCAACCCCAAGCAACUCCGACCGAAGAAGCCUUCGAAGAGGCACUACAGAUAUGCCUAAGUCACUUCCCAGAAGACGAGGUCCGCGCUUGGAUGAACGGGAAGCUAAGAAUCGAUGAUGUGUCCAAAGAAGUCAACAGAGCGAAGGAACUUUAUGAGAAUCGGACCCGCUGCAAGGCACGAAAGUGGCUUACCAGGCUGUCAGCGCGUAUCUCGGUGUAUGGCUCCGUCCUGGAUGUUCUCGCCCAACAUCACCCGGAAUACGUCGCGCUUGCGUGGGGGGCACUCAAAUUCGUCGUCGUUGGCGUCAUGAACCACGAAGAGCUCGCGAAGGAGUUGGCCAAAGCCUUGUGCCGAAUCGGAGACGCUUUGCCACAAGCAGAGCUUCAUCUCAUCCUUUAUCCGACUGCAACGAUGAAGACACUAGUCACAGAUCUGUAUGUGCAGAUAAUAAAGUUCGCGCGACGAGCGCGGAAGUGGUACAGUGAGAGUCGGCUCAAGCACGUCGCUUCAUCGAUUGUGCGGCCUUUCAGCUUGCGGUUCCAGGACAUGACUGAGAACAUAAACGAACUAUCGCGGAGAUUAGAACGCCUUGCUCUGACUCUAAGCAUGGCCGAACUCCGUAAGACGCGGCUUGAGCUAGAAAAAACAAAUCAGAAGUUAGACACCUAUCAUACGAUCCAGCACGCGGGUCUCGUGGAUACAAAUAGAAGAGUAUGCGAGAUACAGUUCUCGCAACUAAUGGCGUUCGCGAGCGCCUCUGCAAUCUCUUCACCCGAAGUCAGCAGAGACUAUUUCGUGACCAGACGGAACCGCAGCCGACGAAAAGGACUGGACAGUACUCCAUUCUUUCAGAACAUGCCGCAGCUCCUGGCUUGGGGAUCGGCCACCGAAUCCUCUCAGCUCGCCGUGUGUGGGGGUUUUAGCCAUCGGCAAACAAUUCGAGACUUUGCUGUGAACGCCAUCGACUUGAUCAUGGAGGCGCAGAUCCCAGUGGUGUGGGCACUACAUCUGCCGCAGUCCCAAGGCGAGUUCACAUCCGGCGAUGUUAUCAAAUACCUCAUCAGCCAAGUUCUCCGUAAGAACCACACGCUUCUGAAUGAGCGGUCCUUGUCUCUGAACGCUGCACGCUUCCAGAGCGCCACGUCAACGGAGGAAUGGUUCUCCCUCCUCGGGGCCGUCCUAGAAGGAUUACCCCAGGCCUAUUUUAUCAUAGACCUGGAGUUCCUAGGUCAAGAAAACGAAGACGGCUCGGCAUGGUCACAGCUCUUCGUGCAACUUUUUGAGGGCUUGAGACAAAGGGGUACACGGACCAUUCUCAAGGUAGCGUUUCUAGGUUCUCGAUCUAGUCAUCGCUCUCGGCUCGGCAAAUUCGACCAACGGAGAAUCCUGCAGCUUCCAUCAAGCAGGACGGGCAGGGUAUCUAAGCUUACGGAGGGUUCACGCUCUAGGAGGACGAGGGUGAGGGGUGGACGGAUACUGCAGCCGGCAAGCCUCGCACCAGAGAGUCCGGGAAAUUGAGACAAGAGGCACCCUAACAUGAAACGCCUUUUUCCUGUGCAGUUUAGAAU